UUUGCCCCCUAAUAUUACUCCAAAUCCAUUUACCAGCAAGCAAAAUGAAAAGCAUAAAGGCACAGACACAGCGAUGUCGAGUUUGUCGAAAGCUUCGCAUAAAUCCGAAGAUGAUUUUGACGUAAACGAAUAUUUUGCAAGGUUACAAGGAACUAGAUAUGUGAGCGCUCCACUGAAUAGUCUUCGUAAAGAAGAUAAAAAUGCGAACUUAGAAGCUACUGAAGAGAAUUUAGAAGAGAUUAAUUUGAAUGAACCAGAGAAGCUUCAGAAUUCAGAAAUUCAGCAAAGCUUGACUGCUGAUAUAGCGCAGAAUUUUUCUCAACUACCAACAGUUUUGCCCCAAGUUGCCAGCGCUGUAUUUAGUUCCUUUUCCAAUAUGUUGAGCAUGAAAAGUAGGGAACAGACUCCUGAUGAAGUGAAAGUAAAUUCAGGGUACCAAGAGGUACAAUUCCAGAGGCCUGAAGAUAUUGGAGUCCCUUUAAUGGGUGUGGAGCAGCAAGUGAAAGAAGUAGCACCGCCUCCCAAGGAGCCCCCUCUUACUGGUACCUCAAAUUACCGCAUCACAACAAAGAAGAAGGCAUAUGCUCAAAUACCUGGAUUAAGUUCUGGCGAUAAUACUCAAAGUCUACCACUGCGUCCUCCCAUGGGUCAACCUAAUAUACCGCCAUUUUUUACAUCAACUAUACCUAAUAUACAAAGUAAUGAUGCAAAUCUGGACAAUAAUAGACGACUAACAAUUGAAGCUAAUACAAAUAUACAACAGGGAAUUAAUGUAUUUAAUCCUGUUCAUCCAGACUCUAAUAAUGAAGAAACCACCCUAUUUCAUCCAGUAGUAAAUUAUAAUGAACCAAAUUUAUAUGACAAUAUGGCUAAAGAGAAUAUUGGCGCUAUUGGACAACCGUCUAAUUCAGCGAUACAGUUUUAUGGCCAAGAUAGCCAAACAGCAGCUAUUGCUCAAGCAACUCCGCCAAUCAUUCCUCCUCCACCUAUGUUCUCUAGCGCACCGAAGAAAGAUAGUCAGAUUGUAGGAAAAUCAGUGUUGCCACCAUCGGUUGCAAGGCGCAUUUCUACAAGUCAUCCGAUAAUAAAACCUUCAAUAACACAAACUUCUGUUUUGGCAUCAAAUAUAUUUGUACCCCAUUUGAAUCCGACAGCGGUAGAUAAUUCGCAAAAUUCACUUAAUAUGGGAUUACAUAAUGAGGCUCAAAAUGCGGCGCCAACUGUAAUAACACCAAUGUUUGAUUCAGCAUCACAACCGGCUUUAAGUAAUAUAUCUGGUACUUCUGUAAUGACGCCUGAUACGACACAGAUACCUAAUGAGGCUAAAAAUAUAAGUCAUCAACAGUUGUCUACAGCUUUUUCGGUAUCAGGAUCUAAUAUACCAGUCGAUGAUUUUAUGCAAACAAAUAUUUCAAAUAUUGCUACAAUUGAUCAGCAAUCAAAUAUCCAGGCGACGUCUUCAAGUACUGCUGCAUUGUUUGAUAUACAAUCUUCUAAUAUACAGCCCGUACCAUCAAAUAUAUUUACUCCCAGUUAUUCUUACAAGGAUUCUGAACAGUCGUUUACUCCGACGACAACGUCUGCAUCAAUAAAUAUAUUUCAGACUAAUAUUCAGCCAGUAUUCGAACAGAAAAACUCAACUUCCACAAACACAAUUCCGUUUAACAAUCAAGGACAUAUGUUACAAUCACCCACUGUUGCCCAGAAUAUACCUCCAUCCAUUUUUAAUCCAAGUAUUUCGCAAUCUAUUAGAAGUGAUGGUUUGAUGCAAAGCAGUCAAGAAUAUACAAAUGUUGUUCAACCUCAAAUAGCUGAACCUCCAAAAUUACUUGCUGAACCUCCAAAAUCAACUGGAAAUGUGAGCUACCGAUUAACUAAGAAACGACCGCAAUAUUAUGCUGGACCUAUUGAAGGAAUUGGUUCCAUAAGUAACAACAUGAAACCACUUCUACCCACAGUAGAAUCAAGUAGUUUUCAAGGUGCUUUAUUUACACCUUCACAGCAAAACUUACCACCACUCGAACAAGAAAUUGUAGCACCUAAUAUUGAUGAAGCGACUGUGCCAUUAAUCAAUAAACAUGAAAACACUUCUUAUGCACAAUUUGAAUUGUCUAAAACUCCAGAAUAUCCGUUAACUAAUAUGCAAAGCGAUUAUAACACAGCAUUUGAUUUAAGUAGAUCAACUACGGAUAAAUACGAGCAGCCUCAACAGGAAACUAAAGGAUUUGGAAUUAUCGGUUCUUUAAAAUCCAAACUUAGUUCUAUAGAUAUAAAUAAGAUACAGAACACUGUGACAACGUUUUUCGAUCCUGGUUAUAAUGAUACUAAAAAUGAAGCAUUUAAUCGAGACAACAUGCCUCCUAGAGAUCAGUCUAAUACGCAACCUGCCUACAACAGUCAAGAAUUUGGUAUAUUCGUACCUAGUGAACAGCCUCAAAUUCCGGCACAAACUUAUGAUUACCAGAGCUAUCAAAAUCUAUACAAUUAUAAUCAAAACGCACAAUAUCCAAUGCAAGAUUCGAAUAAUUACUAUCAGAAUCAGGACCAGACCCAGUUACAUUCUGCAAACUAUUACACAAAUUUGAAUCAGGACCAUGUACCCAACUAUAAUACAGCCUCAUAUACGCCUACUCCUGUUAUUGCAACCGAUCAAAACAUAUUUCAUAAUCAACAAGUUAGUGAUAUAAAUCUUACAAAUGCCGGAGGUAUAAACACAGCUUCUAUUACCCUAGGUACAUCAAAAGAAAACAUCGAAUACGUACCAAACGUAUCUGUACCUGUUCAAGGAGCUGCUGGUGAUAAUAUAACUGCUAAUAUAAACAAAGAUGAAUUUAAUUUACCCAUUCCAGGCUUUUUUAAUUUUACGUCUCAAACACAGACAAUUCCUUUAAAUAAAACACCAGAUUUACAAGAAUCGUUCAAUAUAUCAUCAAUAUAUGACAACGUAAGCAAUAAUGUAAUAGAUACGACAACGCAUAUUGUAGAACAUAAAUCAGCAGUAACAGAAGAUUUCAUAACGAAUACACAUACUGAAACUUCAUUACAAGUAACUGCUCAAGUGAAGCAUGAAAAUAUUGUGCCUUCGGAAGCCAUUCAUAGUCUUCACUCUUCAAGUCAAAAUCAUGAAGAUAUAAAAACUGCAAAUACUGUCAUAGAAAGACCUCAUCAUGUCUCAGAAAAUCCUGAAACAAAAAAUUACUUCCUUUCAAAAGAAUCACUGUUAAUGUCUGCAAAGAAUCAUAUUCAAAUACCAGAAAAUACAUUUUCUAAGUUCUCAUUUGAUGUUGACAACAAAGAUACAAUUCUAUUUCAUAAUAACCAGGUAUUAAAUGACAAAAACCUAACUCGUCACGUUCAUAGCGAUUCAUCGAAACAAUAUAACUUGAAUAAUACUCCAGGUACAUCUUUAGAAAGCACAAAACUCGACUCCCUUAUGAAAAACGUAACUCUAAAUGAAAUACAGAAAAGCGAAUCUGAAGAAUCAGUUUACGCGAGGAAGGAUAGUGAAAAUAUCAUAUGUAAAGAAAAGAUUCUUGAUAACAAUCAGGAAAAUGAUAGUGUUUCCAAUUUUAACAUUUGCGAAACAUGCAGAGAGGUUAAUAAACCCGAGGAUAAAGAAGCGGAUGAUUUGACUACUCAAUUAAUAGAAAAUAUCAUAGCCCCUAUACAACUUCUGAACCCAGUAGAAGUUCCACUGACUGAAAGUAGUACACCUGUUGAUGAACGUAUUGAUUUUGAUACAGAACAAUGUGCAGAAAUAUCUCACAUAGCUGAAGAAACUAUUGAAACACAUCAAUUACAGUCAGCAACAAAACUUUUAGGUGACAAACCUCUGGAAAACAUUUCUACUAGGGGCUAUGGAUGGUGUACAGAAAACACUUUGGCCACCUCCAAAAAUUUCAUAGAUCACGAUUACUCUUUCCAAAUAGACACAAACUCAAUUGGUUUUUACGGUGGGAAUUCUUUAUUCUUUGAUAAUGUACCCAAUAAUGCUAGCGAUGAAAUUAAAGCUGAAUACAAAAACUCACAAGAGGAUAUACCUCUAGUGUUACCUAGACAAAUGAGUAUACCUUCAGCACCUGCUCCUGAUGAUGAUUCUAAAUCCGAUGAAACUGGCUUAGAUGUGCUUUCUAUAGAACAAGAUGCAAAUAUAGACUUUCCUCUUUUUGAAGAAUUUGUAAUAGAUCCUUCAGAAACUGAUGAUGAUAAAAUUGAGUAUAAGGAACGCGAAAGAAGUUCCGAAGACCCUAUUCCAGAAGUUGAUACAUUCACUAACCGAGUAGAGAAAUUUAAGAAAAUGGAAGAAACAGCAGUUGAAGGUCAUGAUGAUGCGUUUAAUAUAAAGAAGACACAAAGAGUUGAUGUCAUUACAACCAAUAAUCCUGCUAUUACUAUAGCAUCAUAUUUUGAUACAGGAAAUUAUGCUGUAGAAACUCAUUACAAAAAUUCCACCUCUUUUCCAUAUGUACGUUUUGGUUCACCUAACGAAGUUAUUCGUAUACCACCUGGCUUUGAGGAUGAAUUUAAAAGAAAAUUCAGUGGUAUGUCUAUAGAAGAGUUAUAUGGAAGUAAUAAGAAAGAACCGUAUGUUCCUGACACUUUUACUCAAACGCAACCAUCAAAUUCGCCAACAUACAGUACAGCGUCUAGGCCUUUAGGUGAAUUACUUAAGUCACAACAGAAAGAAUCAAGAAAAUCAUCUUCUACAUCAGAAAAAUUACCUCCCUUAGCCUCCAUUUUUGGUGAUAACAUUUUACAGAAACAAACAGAGCCUAAUCAACAAUUACCAACUACAAAUACUGAGAAGUCCCUAUUAACAUCAGAAAUAUCAUCAGCUAUGGUCUUUGCAGACAGCAAAAAAGAAGAUUUGCCAUUCGUGGAAUCAAAAAAAGAAGAAUAUAAUGCUAAGUUAGAUAAACCACUAUUCGGUAACACUUCUGUCACUGCUGAAAAUACUGGAACAUUACAUUUGUUUUCUGAAAAAUCUUCACCAAUUAUUGAAGAAAAGCAAUCACAAACACAGCCAUUGCCUGAUCCGAUAAACUUCUUUUCAUCUACUGAGAAAACUACUAGUAAGAAGCAAGAAGAAGAGAAUGAAAAUAAUUUUAAUAGAUUGGCAAGUUAUUUUACGGGAUCAACGAAUUCAGAUCCAGUAAAGUCUUUUUUUGAGUUAAGCCAAAGUCAAAAUCAUUACAGACACGCUUCAAGUAAAAAUAAACCAAAUACUGAAAAUAAUAAUUAUAAUCAACAGAAUAGUCAGUCUUCUUUAAAUCAAGAUAAUCUUUCAAACAUUCCACACGACCAGUCUUUAAGAAAUCUAAUGAAGGAUUUGACAAGUUUCCAAAACUUUAAAAAUGACCAAGUAGUUAGGACAGUAAAUUAUUUUACUGUGGAAUAUGAUAAUGUAAAUAUAAAUGAAAUUAAAAUAGGUGAACCAAACUAUAGUCAAAUUUUAGAUAAAGAGAUAGGUAAUAAAGUUUCAUCUACGGUAAAUAGUGACGAAAAUAAACUAGAGGAAAUGAGUAAUGUUCAACAUUGCCUUUCUAUUCUAACGCGUUGUAAAUAUUGCUGUAACAAUGUAACUUCUGUAUUGCACAAAAAUUAUUCAGAUAAAAAAGCCAUGGAUAGUGAAAAUACGGAAUCUAAACGAGAAAGUGGUAGUAAUAUGGAGCGGAACAAGGCCGGCGCUAGUCAAAAAGACGUUACAGUGACAUUCCAAAAUGAUAAUGAAGAGUCAAACGAAGAAGUCGGUGUUUUGACCGAGCAACGUCACGUUGCGGAGUAUAUCCCAGUUAAACAUCACUGGUUCUAUCGCGUGGAUCUGGAGAACAAGUCGAUGUGGAGGGGAUUUUCUGUAGUGGAUUCAAUGGCUUUGGAAGAAGCUUAUCAUAGCCCCACUUUGGAUGAGAACACGCUGGUGGCAACGGACGGUGGACGGUACGACGUAAAUGUCAUCGGCAGGCUCAGGAUAGCUGUGUAUUGGUCAGACAAACCGACAAAUGUCAUGCGAUGCAGCUGGUUCUACAAAGGUACAACGGACCCUAGAUAUGUACCCUACACGGAGGAAAUCGCUGAGAAGCUAGAGGAGGAGUACAGACAUGGCAUUACAACGGGCGAAUGGCACAGACGUCUGCUACUCCCAAACAACGAGUCGGUCGUGAUGCACGGCCCCGCUGUCAUGGUACAUCUUCUGCAAAACGCUACAGACGCGUUCAGUUCCACACCCCUGUUCACCUUCGGCAAACGGGUAUACCGCAGCCCACUCAAAAUCAGGGUACCAGGAGACCAGCGCGAGGAGAUUGACCACUUACUACUCCUGGUGCACGGCGCCGGCGAGUACAGGAUACAAAAAGAAAAGAAUCAAUCGUCGAUGCGGCCGCGCGUGGUGCGGCGAGGUUGGGAUGAAUCCGAAAUAGAAGAUACUGAGCCAUCCAGCGUGGACCACCUGCUGCUGUUCUGCCACGGUGUGGGUUCCGCCUGUGAUAUGCGCUUCCGUUCUGUAGAGGAAGUCGUGGACGACUUCAGAGCCACUAGUCUGCAGCUGGUCAAAUCGCACUACAGAAAUUCAUACGAGAACGGAGCUGUCAAUAGAGUCGAGGUUUUACCCAUCUCGUGGCAUUCAACCCUGCAUUCAGGGGAGACGGGGGUGGACCGCCGCAUCGCGCAGAUAACCCUCGACAGCAUCCCCAAACUUAGGACGUUCACAAACGAAACAGUUCUGGAUGUGUUGUUUUAUACCAGUCCAAUUUUUUGUCAGACGAUCAUAGACACGGUGUGUUCAGAAAUGAACCGUAUAUACAAGUUGUUUAGAGCACGCAAUCCAAAGUUCAACGGUCGGGUGUCUCUAGGCGGCCACUCUCUCGGCAGUGUCAUAUUAUACGACUUACUCUGUCAUCAGCCGGACGAAGAGGCGUCGGACAAGAAUUACGUGUCCGGCCCGGCCGGCACCGGACAGGAAUCCGUCCGGUUUCCACGGCUCGAGUUCUCCCCGGCGGCACUUUACGCAUUUGGAAGCCCAAUAGCUAUUUUCGAGUGCAUCCGCGGCGUGGAGUCGCUGGGUGCUGACUUCGCGUUGCCAACAUGCAAGAAUUUCUUCAACAUAUUCCAUCCAUACGAUCCCAUAGCUUACAGGAUUGAACCUCUAAUCAACCCCCGACUGAAGAGUGUGAAGCCUUAUCUCAUACCGCACCACAAGGGCAGAAAGCGAAUGCAUUUGGAAUUGAAGGAGACGAUGGCGCGCGUGGGUGCUGACCUGAAGCAGAAGCUGCUGGAGUCACUGAAGGCCACGUGGACCAGCAUGUGGCGGACGCCGCCCCCGCCCAACGACGGACAACUAGAGAAGGUAGUUGAAGAAGAAAUGGAGAAAGAGAACUUAUGCGAGGAAAAUAAAGAUGUCAUCCCUCAAGAUAUUGAUGCGUCAACUCCUGAAGUGAUGGGGAGGUUGAACAACGGGCGGCGAGUGGACUUCGUGCUCCAGGAGGCGCCUUUUGAGAUGAUCAACGAGUACCUCUUCGCCAUGACCAGCCACGUUUGUUAUUGGGAGUCCGAAGACACGAUGCUGAUGAUAUUGAGGGAGGUGUACUCGAGUAUGGGGGUGCAGCCGGACGGCAGUGUCCCCCAGCAAAGUCUCACCGUUCAACGCACCCGGCUACAGCGAGAGGAUGAAACUAUUAUCGUGAACACAACAGAUCACCCAUCUACAAGUCGCGGAGAAACCUGAUACAGUAAAUAUUAAUAUAGUAAUUAACAUUAGGUAGUAUGUACACUACAAAUGGCUACAUGUAAUAACAAAUUCACUGUUAAUAUAAUUUUUUUAUUUAUUCAAUUCAGGCUACAUGGGCCAUAUUAUAUGUACCUU